CGUCGGGGAUCUGGAUGAAACGGACGGCAUCCCUCUUGUUUCCUGCGCGUCUUCGCCACGGGCGGAAGUGUCUGGGAUUGUGCUCGACCCACCUAUCCAAAACAGUCGUUUGUUUCGGGAGACAGGGUUGUACGCCGUGUGCAUCUCUCCCCGCACCGUCAUCACCGUCACCCGGGGCCGUGGAACCGUUCGGCGGAGCUUUGCGUCACGGUGGGACAUGUUGGAUCAGGUCUGCGCCAUCGUCGUGAACGCCACCCUGGACACAGGAGAGGAUUAAGUUACUGCUGCGGCCGGCGGAUUAUUUUAUUGGCCUCCUCCUGUCACACCCGAGCCUUUACUGUGCUUCCCUUUUGCAAUUAACAGAGCCUGCAGAAAAAAACCCAGGCAUGUCAUUCCGGCGAGGAGUCGUCAGGCAGAGCAAGUUCCGCCAUGUCUUUGCUCAGGCGUGGAAGGCGGAGCAUUGCAUCGAUGAUGUCAGAGUGUCUCGGGUCACGUGGGACAGCCCCCUCUGUGCAGUUAACCCCAAAUUCAUCGCCGUCAUCAUCGAAGCUGGCGGAGGAGGAGCGUUUCUCGUCGUUCCGAUCAAUAAGAGUGGCAGAAUCGACCAGUCUUGUCCAACUGUGUGCGGCCACGCAGCUCCGGUCCUUGACAUCCAAUGGUCUCCUCAUGAUGACAACAUCAUCGCAAGUGCCUCGGAGGACUGUACAGUAAAGGUGUGGCAGAUCCCAGACGGGGGCUUGACCACACCGAUGACAGAGGCCAUCGUCACACUGGAGGGACACAGUAAACGAGUGGGUAUCCUAGCUUGGCAUCCGUCUGCUUUCAACAUCCUCCUAACUGCAGGCUGUGAUAAUGUGAUUUGUGUGUGGAACGUGGGUACGGGGGAGCUCGUGUACCAGCUGAGUGAUUCCCACCCAGACCUCAUCUACAACGUCAGCUGGAACAAGGAUGGCAGCGCCGUCUGCACCGUCUGCAAGGACAAAGCCCUACGCGUCAUCGACCCCCGGCGGGGCACGGUCCUAAAGGUCAGAGAGAAGGUCCAUGAAGGCACCAGGCCCAUGAGAGCUGUGUUCCUCGCCGAUGGGAAGAUCUUGACCACAGGAUUCAGCCGCAUGAGUGAACGACAGCUGGCCUUAUGGGAUACGAAAGAUCUCUCCGAGCCAAUGGCAGUGCAGGAGAUGGACACCAGCAAUGGAGUGCUUUUACCAUUUUACGACCCUGACACAAACAUGGUCUACCUGUGUGGAAAGGGAGACUGCACAAUCCGAUAUUUUGAAGUGACAGAUGAGUCCCCGUAUGUCCACUUCCUCAGUUUGUACAGCAGUAAAGAGCCUCAGAGAGGGGCGGGGUUUCUGAGUAAAAGAGGCGUAGACGUCAACAAGUGUGAAAUCGCCAGGUUCUACAAGUUGCAUGAAAGGAAAGUGGAACCAAUCUCCAUGACUGUACCCCGAAAAUCAGACCUGUUCCAGGGAGACCUUUACCCAGACACAGCUGGGCUGGAACCUGCCCUCCUGGCGGAUGAAUGGAUCGCCGGGCAGGACGCUGCGCCACUGCUGAUGUCCCUGAGUGGUGGGUACACAGCCCCGCCCUCUAAACACAGCAGGGACACCCUCAGGGGGAAGCCCAAGAUGGCCUCGCAGGACUCUGGGACUGGGUCCGGGACCACAACUUCCUCAGCAGGCAACGCAGCAGCGCCAACGUCUACCUCUGCAGCCAAGGAACCUGACAUGGAAGAGGUGUCGCAGCCUCGGGCAACGAGAGAGACGGACGGAAACAGCGAGAGGCCCAAGAGAGAGGAUGACGUGUUGAACGAGUUGUUAGCAGAAAUGAAGGCAUUGCGCGCCGUCGUCCUUGCGCAGAACCAGAGAAUCGAGCUGCUGGAGAGGCAGCUCGCUCGGAUCGAGGACGGCGACGUAUGAGCGAGCUGAACAUCCACUACCCCAUUUCCUCUAAAUCCAUAGACCAUAGCCUUACUAGAAUCAACAGUACCUUAAGCUGUGUGUGUGGAUGAAAGUAGUGUAGGGUAGUGACAAACCAUGAAUCACAGUGACUUACAAGCAGGUUAACUAUAGUGAUGAAAAUAAGACCGCAAUGUGUUUCUGUGAUUCUCUUUUGGACUGUGGUUAAUAGAGUGUCAUCAGCAUAGAGUGAUAUUUGACAUCCUGAGAUACUGUUUAGACUUUAACAUGAAGGACUGUUGUAGCAGCUGUUUGGUGGCGCCUAGCUUUGCCUAAUCCACACAUUAAUUCCUAAGGGCUUUGAAGAGUGUCAUAGGAGUACAGCUGCCUCACAACGAUGCACAAAAACAGCAUAAUAUCAAAGCUUACAGAGGUCGAUAUACUAUAGCAAAGCUCUCAAAUACCUUCAUGGUGAUUAUUUGCUCUGAAUCACUCACAAAUAUAACCAUUAGGGCUAUUUAAUCAGGUAGUUAAAGCUGCUAAACUGUGAUGUUAUAUCCCAUCGUGUGACUUGUGCUUUGUUUUCAUUAUGUACCACGCCAUGUGUAAAAGGUAGGAACACACGUCAUGACCUCCAAAACAAGAUAUGUGUGAAUGAAAGCUGAUAGUAGAAUAUCUGUGAAUUGUAAUUCAGUGUAGUCUUUGCGGUUAAUGAAAAGGUAGCACUUGUGAUUUGGUACCUCAUGUUGUUGGAAGAAAAUGGCGGGUUUAAGGCACGGUAUUUGUAAAUGAUGUUUCUCCUCACGACAUUCGCCUCUUUGCUCCUUUUGUCAUUUGCGGAGCUACUGCUGGAUGUUGAAAAGAUCGCAGCUGGGUAUUUACCUCACUGCACACCACACUUACUUCUUAUCUAGAAAACCUUUACCAAGACUUUAAAUAUACAGGCCAAGCAGGUCCUAAGUUGUGCUUUAUAUAAAUAUCUUAACACUAUUUGAGUGCAAUUCUUAAUAAAACCCAUUCCAGAUGUGGAACGCAGCAGCCACAGAAGAGGAAAUUACAAUGAAAUGUGAAACUUUUUUUACAGUUUGCAACUGCAUUUGUACUGGUGUUUAAAGACGAUGGGCUCUUUAAAACUUUUUUUUUAGUUUUGUGUUUUUGCAUUAACCCCUACAGACAAUAAUAGUGUAACUAUGGUACAUUCCAUUUCAAGUUUAUCCCAUUGUUACGUCAUGCACUAACCUCUUUUUUUGUUUCCUCUGUGGUUGUAAACUCAAUAAACAUUAAUUUCUUCUUUGUAACUA